CUUAAAUAUCAUUUUAUCUUCCACAUAAGAAUUUGCCUUUCGAAAGGAAAUUGUGUAAUUUAAAUGUAGUAAAUAGACUGGAUUAUAAGAACAUGUGAACAAAAAUGGAGAAAUGAAGUUCAUAAUACAUGUCUUUUUAGCAUAUGUGGCGGCAGCAAGAGCUGUUACAACAGGUGGAUUCUCGGAUCCAUGUUUGUCUGGCGUUUACCGAAACAUCAGUCAUCUGAAUGAGAGGUAUGCCCGUUUGACAGGUGAUUGUCCAUACACUGACCACAGGAUUGACAGAGCAUGGUUUUAUGCGGGGGCUGAUCCUAUUGUUACCUUUCCACCCGACUAUUGUGCAUGUGGAUACAAGUUUCCUAUCUGGAUGAACGGUACAUUGCCAAAGCCAGGAGAUGGUAUAGUAGAUAGGCAAGCAUGUCUCAAAUUCAUCGAAUCGUGCCAUCAGAGCCUACAAAUACAAAUAAAGAACUGCGGAACAUUCUUUAUUUAUCACCUUACAUCAGGACCAGACGACUCAGGAUUUUGCUUCGGAAUUGACAAACCAGAACCACCACAGACCACCCCGGGAGAACACGUUGAGAACAUUGUUAACGCCACACUAAUGAUUCAGCAAGGCAGUAUAACGUCCAACAGUUUCAUCACUACAAUCAACAUUACGUCAGAUGAUGAACAUGUCAAUGUCACAGCUGCAUUACUUCUUACGAAUGGGUCUGUGGUUCGGACUGUAAAUGUUGAUGUACCAUUUUUCCUUCGUACAUGGAAACCUCUCCUCCCUACUACCAAUUACACAGUACAGUUGUCUACAUUCAGGAACGGACGAAAGAUAAUACUUGCCACAGUAUGGACUGUCACAAAAUUACCUUAUCGGCCAGCCUCGGUUAGCAUUGAUAUGCAACUGGCAACCAUUACAACUCAUAGCUUAGAUAUCAAAGUAACUUUCGACCAUGGAAGCGAAAAUGUGACAGCUAGUGGAAAUCUUUGUCUGCAGAAUGGCAGUGUGGUCAGUUCAUUUACAGUAGACAAACCAUCGCUGUCCCAACGAUUUCAAGGUUUGACUAGUGGGACCAAGUACAUUGUUGCAGUGCAAACAUAUCGACAUGGAGAAUUCAUUGAACUUGGUCGGAAAUGGACGUUCACACAACCUGAAAUGGAACCCUAUCUAGGAUCAAGGUCGACUGGUGAUAAGGUAUUAAGCUCUACAAGCUUUCGUUGCAAGUUUCAUUCUUCACCAGAUGUUAUAUAUAGUGUACGUUGGUACGUUCAGCGAACUGAAAGAAAUUUCACCAUAGAAAAGGGAGGUGAAAGCAUACAUGGACUCCAAGAGCUAUCUUUAACAGAAGAGGAUCUCCUCAAGAAUCAUAUAACCUUGCCGUUCCAUGUUUCUUGUGCUAUAGCGGAAAACCCAGGUACAGCGCAGAAAACAAAUUUCUCUGUGUCAUCUGACCGUGUUUUUGCUGGUAUUAAGUUGCUGACACCCGAAAUAACUAUGCACAGGGACGAAACAGCAGUAAUUCGAUUUAGACCUACAGUUCCAUUUGGUUGCUACAUCCCACGGAACAUGAAUGACGCCUGCAACUUAACAAUGGCUGUCACUAUACCCGUCAGUAAAAAUUGUACAGGAAUUUCAACCAGAAAAUGUACCAUCAGUGUAUUGGGGGACGCUAAUAAUGAACAGGAUCUUCAGAUACAACCCACUGAAGACGGACAAUACGGUGUGCUGAAGGAGACAACGUACAAAGUCUUCUUAAGAACGGUCAAUCUAAAAAACAAUACGAUAUGGAGUGGUUACAUACUACCAGCUGUAAAGGUAACGGUCAAACCAGAAAUAGAAACAUACUGGAGAGGUAAAAGAUGUGAAGCUUUGAACGAUCCGCACAUGUAUACAUUCGAUAGAGAACAGUAUGAGCAUCAUGAAAGUUUCUUCGACGAGUAUGUAUUAUACACUCACACAUCGUACCAAGCUAAGGUUCAUCAUAAAUUAGAACGCUGUAACUCGAACGCCAUGUGUAACUGUGGAGUUGCUGUGCAGGCUGGUAGAGAUAUUUACAUGAUAAGCACGUGCAAAAAUAUCAUGGAAAUCGGAUAUAAACAGUGUGAUGAUGGCGUUCUUCUUGUUAGACAAGAAACAGACUUUACUUAUACGGUAUAUUUACCGUUUGGGACAUACAUCAAAGCACGUCUUGAAAAAUCUCCAUAUCAGAACUCAGUUGGAAGCAUGAUAGUUUCGGUGUCCAUAUAUCCUUCCGUUCAUGAUCAACAUGGCCGUAGUAGAGGGUUGUGUGGUUCACUUGAUAACAACCGCGCAAAUGACUUUCACGACCGCACUGGACAAAUCAACUUGAAUAGAACUGAGUUUAUUCAAACUUGGAGAGUUUUAAAAGAGGAAAGUUUAUUCAAGACAAAAGUUAAAUCAACAGCCUCGUGGGCGCAUCCUGCUUGCACAUGUAGUGUAUCAAGUGGCCAUGUAACAACAAAGGAUAAAUGUCACCUAGGAGCGGAUAAUUCAUGCGCAAAGGGAAGAACGGUCGGAGAACAGACGUGCAAACCCGCUGAAAAGACAUCUAUCGAGAGUACUUUUCCAGUUCUUGACCUGCGUAAAGAUGGCAAUCAUAAAGAUGGCGUAACUACCCAGAAAGGACCUAGAGUGACCAAAAGAACACCAACAACUAAGAUGGAAGCACAUGUUUCACAGAAAACAACAUCUACCCCAACAGAACACUGGAAUCACAAUAAAGCUAAAACAUUUUGCGCAAAUUACAUGAAUAGUUCAAGGGCAUUCCGACUCUGUGCACGGGUUCCUCACACAGACACUGAGCGGGCUAUUGAAACAUGUACACAGGAUAUUGUUAUAACUCAGACAACGGAGUGGCACAGGCUAUCACGACACUCUAUGCAAGACUCGUGUAUAUCUGAAAUACAUAGAAACAAAACAGUCCGAGAAGAUUUAGAACGCCCAAGGGAAACGAUUUCCACAACAACGUUACCUAGUGGUCAAGACAUUGGCCAAGUCACAACAUCACGCCCAAACAGUGAAGUCAAAGAUUCAAAUCUAAAUAUAAUUGAUAUUGUAGACGCGAUAGAAGAAAUUGCCUGUCCAAACGAAUGUUCAGAUCAUGGCACGUGCGAAAACGGCACAUGUGAAUGUAAAGUUGGAUUUGGUGGUGAUGAUUGCUCUAUUGACUUCAAAAAGCCGCCAUCUACUUCAAGUUUACUUCACGGAAGUACCUGCGAUGAGAAAGAAGCAAAAUGCACGCAUGUGUUUAUCUACGGGGGAUUUUUUGCAAGCGAAACUGUGACCUGUCACAUUAUCAGGUUUGAGACUCAUGUCAAUAAGGAAGGUCGACUAACUAUGGAUGCAUACGUCAUACGAGGGCAAGCCCAAUCGCUAAUUGAGGUUAUUUGUUCUCUAGUGUCACCUAUCAGAAGAAAACGAUCUCUUCCUGACACCCAACAAGUAAAUUUGAUGUCUUGCUACAGGGUUUCAGUGAGCAAUGAUGGCAUACAUCAUGGGAAACCACUAGAUAUGUGUGUUUACAAUUCAGAAUGUCAAACUUUGUCAAACAGCAGUAGCGGGAUGCUAACAACCAACAUUAAGAAAGGAUAUUGCUUUAUUGAUGGACUUUGUAUACAUAAUCGAAAACAAAAACCAUUGUCAGAAAUGUACUGUCUACCGGAAAUUUCGCGUUAUAGUUGGUCAGCAUUGCCUACGUCAACAAAGACAUCUAUUACAACAACAACAUCUGUUCUAGUAACGUAUAUUGUUAACUCCAAAUCAAAUUGGCAGACUCCAGUGAUAAUUGCUGUUGUGUGUAUUUGUACAGUCUGCAUAAUUGUCAGUCUUCUGGUCUGCAUACGGAAGCGAAAACGAAGGCAGACCGAGGACAAACAGAAACAGAAGGACGAGCUGAAAAUAAAUUACAAACACGAUGCAGAUUUUGAUGAAGAGACAUAUGCCUAUAUCAACCCGAUCGAUCUAAGCGUCAUUGCACCUUUCGGGAAAACAGCGAAACAGACUAUUGGUAUUACCGACGACUAUUUACGUUUAGACAUAUCGAAGAAAGAAAAUACCCAGUACGCAAAGUUAAACGCAGGAAAGAAUAAUAGCAGAAGGGAUGGACCAGUGCUACCCGAAAGACCUAAUGACAGUUAUCGAGAUCCUUAUGAGAAACUUCGUUCUACAAAUCAAAAGCAAGGGGUAUAUGACAAAAUUCAAGAUUUCCGACAUCGACACACUUAUGUCAAUGGAAAGCAGUCUGAUACAAGAUUUAGUAACGAGACGCAAAAGGAAAGCGACUACUUUAAACUGGGUGGUGUUCAAGAGAAUCAUCUCAUACCUACGGAAGGAAAUCACGAGGGGAACAAGGAACCUCUUAGAAACAUGUUUGUAAUAAGCAAGAUAGAAGAGGAUAUCCCAGAGGGAUAUGAAAGACCAGAUCCACAAUUAUACAAACAAUACUAAUAGUUCCAAUGUCGGAUGCCAUAUUGGUAUUUAUAAUUGAAUAUAUAGAGUGUUAAAUUGUAUAUAUUCUUCACACCAAUUAAGUUUGCAAAACCAUUUCGAUGUUUGUGGUAUCAAAUAAUUGUCAGGUUGUUGACAUUUGAACCUUUUGUGAAUAGAAAACAUAUAGUUUUUUUUCUACACUUUCUUGUAUACGCAGAUGUCAUUCUGCUGGUUUAUGACACGCCAUUUAGCCAUGUCAGUUAUCUUCUCGCAUAGUUGAUGUAGUAAUAUCUAUAUAAUUUGUCAAUUUGUGACACUUUCACUUCACCUUUCGUUUUAUUUAAUCACGGGAAUAUAUGAUAGUAUAUAAAACGUAUGUUGCAUGGCAUGAUGUAGCGCAAUUUACAGCAUAUUCAAUCUUAAACAUCAAUGGAAGUGCUAAACAUGUAACAGACAAAGAUGCAACAAACACAAAUUAUUUCCUCCAGUCAUGCAAUAUAGCUUUCUUAAAACUAUAUGUAUAGCAUAUGCUACAUCUUUUCCGUAUAAUAUAAGUAGUUGUCACUAUGCAUAGAGUAACUUACGAUAUAAAAUGUCGUGAAUUCCCAAAGAAUUCAUAACAUUUAUUUACUUUCUUCGGACUCAUACCAUCGUGGCGGUGGAUUCCACUAGGAAUGAGUUGUCGAAAGUGAUUGAUAUAAGUUGUAGAACUUGCUUUACAAUUAUAAACUACUUUCUGCGACUGCGGAAGCAACAGUGUGUGUAAGGCAUAUGUUGAUCGAAUGUCGUGUUGUGUUUUGGGGCUAUUAAACGAAUAGUCUGAUUCGAUUGGGGGAUAAGGACAUCGGACAUUUUCCUAUUCAGAUUGCCUAUUAAAUUAAAUAAAAACUGACCUAGGGCUAGACUUCUGAAACAGCAUAAUAAAGACAGUUAAAAACCAUUUCUUGAUAUAUUCGAAUGAAUUUUACAAGUUUGUUAACAAAAAAGAUGAUUUUGUAGACGUUUCUCAUUUUCAUUUCUAUUUGAAAUAUGAACACUAAUCUCUUUUACUUUUAUGUUUUAAACAUUCCUCCCCCCCCCCCCCCCCCCCCCAGUGACGCAAAAAAAUAUUUCACAUGCCUUUGUAAAUGAUUAUCAUGUACGUAUGUUGCUAACAUGGUACUUGGUCACAGGGGGAAAAUGUUAAAAUUAAAAAAAUAUAUAUACAGGGUGUCAGUAAAUGAAUUUUACAUAAGAUAUUUUGACACUUAUUGCAUGUGUUUCCUAAAUCUUUCAUAUCUACAGCCUUAUUCGUUUUUGUAAAUAUGUCAAGCAUAGAAAACACAGUAAUAAAUAAAACGGAGACAUAGAACUUCAAGCUUGAAAGCAGACUGAUCCUGGUAUGUUUAUCUUAUAAAUGUUUCAAUCAGGUCUGCUGCCUCUUGACAGCCGAAGUCCGUCGAUAGUGUUAUGAGGAUUGAGGCAACUGCGUCUGUCGCAAGUCGCGACAUGAACCAAGCAAGUUUCUUAGACAUACAUGACUAGACGUAUGUGUCUUCAACCUAAACAUGACAAAGAGAUAUAGACGACCUUCUAUGGAAACAGUGCCACUGUGGUGCAAAUGCCUUUUUACCCUUUGUAGGAUACAAUUAUGGCACACCUAGAAUGCAUUUUAAAAACUUUUGCUUUAAUUGGAACCAAAGAAGCACUGUAUCCAGCAUCCUCAACUUUAACAGAAUUACACUAGACACCGACUCCUGAACUGACCCAGGUGCCUUCAGAACUAACACUGACACCCCCAGAAGUAACACUGACGCCUUCAGAACUAACACUGACACCCUAGAACUAACACCGACGCCUUCAGAACUAACACUGACGGCCAAAGAACUAACACUGACGCCUCCAGAACUAACACUGACAUCCCUAGAAUUUUCAUCAAUUCACCCACACUUUUGAACUGAAACUCAUUCCGAAGCCGACGGAAAUAUUAGUAACGACCCCAAAGGAAUAUCGACAUUAAUGUUGAUACUAGUUAGUGAAGUUCUGUUGCAUUGAUAUAUUGGAUCAGGCGGUAUUUUAUUACAUUUUAUUAUAAUGUUGUUUUAUAUUUUUUGCAUUAGAGUAACAGAAAGCACAUUUAAACGUUUGCUAGGCAUUAAAAAUAUAGGCUAAAUGUGCAUGACUCUGUGGUGUAACCGCCAUUAUUUAAGCACAACAGGACUGUGCCUACAGAUAAUUUCGGAAACUGAAAAACCAAACACAAUAAAAAUGCAAUACUGAGGGACCUUGAGAAGAGCAAACGAUGCAUAAAGAAUGUGUCCAAAUGUGUCAUAAAAUGCUAAAACCUAGGCACACUUGAACCCACAGUGGCCUAGGCAGUCUCCUACAACCCUCCACUAUAACUGAAAAGGCCAGCUACGGCAAUGUAUGUAAAACACUUCAUGUAUGCUAUAUAUAACCCUGCCUAUAAUGCCCGGUCAGUAUUGUACAUGUGUACUGCAUGUGUCAGUAUACAGUAUAGCAAUAGAUGUAUACAAAAGAAACAAUGUAUCAGUUAUUAUGAGCACCCGGGUGGAAAGAACAUAAGUACAGUUGUGUUGCCAAAAGUUUUGUUCCACCUGUUUUGCUUUUUUAGUUAUUUUUAAAAUGUUAAUAAAAUUGAUAAUUUGCAUAGUAAAACUUAUUUUGAUCUAAAACACUUUAUAAUAGACAUACCUUAAAUGCAUAUGCUUAUUUCACUAAAGAUACACAUUUUACAUUUUUCAAAAAAUAUUACCCUCAAUCACAAACUGCUCAAAUUUCAAGACAACGAAUACGAAAUAAAAUUAUUUUUUGUGACAGUUUGAUAGGUAUAUAACUAAUUUAUUCGUAAUUGAAGCCAUUAUAUAAAAUUAUCAGCUAUUGAAGUCAUGAAAUGGCAUUGAAAUUUGGGCCAAAUCCAUAGCAUAAUGUCCGAUGUCCUUUGUCGUUUCUGUAUUUCUCUGUCUGCACCGUCUGUAUAUAUGUAAGACAUUAUAGUGAAAAUUGAAAAAAGGAACUUAUAAAUCAUUUAUAAAAA